CAAUUAAGUAAUGACAAUCAAAAUGUGUCAAACUGAAACGUUGGUGUGACAUCUACGUCCACGGUUUCUCCGAUUUUUCAAAAAUGAAUCAAAAUCAAACUAAUGCUGGUGGCAGCGCGUUGAAAAGAGUGGAGUUGAAAGACCUCGACCCGAAUAUGAGCAAUGUGUUGAUCGUCGGGAUAAUUAUUGCUAAACAACGGCCGAAAGUGUUCGAAAGUCAGCGCUCGGAGCCCAGCGCUCCGAGAGCAGUUUGGAAUUUCACUCUCAGGGAUUCGCUCCAGCAUUACAUUAAUGUGUGCUAUUGGGGGCCUUCCGAGCUGAUUUUCAAUACAAAUGAGAAAUUUUCCAGCGGGGCUGUCGUGCAAAUUCUCAACCCUAAUAUAACAAUCCGAAAGCUGGACGAUCGCUCCGAACAGUACCACCCCAUGGUGACAUCCCCAUAUAAACUAUCAUUAACUGAGAAAUCAGCCAUUAUUCCGCACGUGCAGACUGAAUUUUUCCUGAACCUUCUGAACUAUCCAACCAAGCCCACUGCCGUAUUUGUCCCGAUACACGACAUCCAUAACAGAGGAGGAUCAAUUCAAUUUGCUGAUGUGUUGGGUGCCAUCAGGGGAUUGAGUCAAAUACGCAGCAUCCACACCAGACUCAAUGAGGUGAUUCAAGCUCGCGAAGUGGAAGUGUUCGACCACACAUCCCAUUGCCUGCGAGUGACUCUAUGGGAACCCGACCUAAUAGAGCGUUCCAACAAUUGGAAAGCUCGAACAACGGUGAUUUUCCUGACGGAUUUGCGCAUUGAAUGGUCCAACUAUGCCCACAGCUACGUGGCUAAAUCCACCGGUCGUACCAUUGUAACAGAGAGUCCUCGCAGUAAGGAGGCUCAGAUGUUGCUGGACUAUGCGCAAACUGCCCCCAUAGCAACAUUUGACAUUGUUGAGCAGCUAGUGACUUCUAUGCCAGCCAGUAAGACUUACCCCCGGUUGCACCGUUCUUGCUUUAAACACUGAUUGCUAUCUUCAUGA